AUGCUAGCACCCAAAUACACCCGCAUAGUAGCGGGCGCCGGCCCCGCCGGCGUAGCAGCCGUCGGCGCACUCCUCCACUUUCGCCCCAACGACAAAAUCGCCUGGGUCGACCCUCAGUUUUCAGGCGGGCGCCUCUCGAAGUACUACCGCGAUGUCUCGAGCAACACCAAGGUGAAACUGUUCCUCACGUACGCUGAAGCGUUGAAGCCAUUCAAAGAGGUCAUUGAGUCUACGCCAAAACCAAAUGCGAUCACAGCGUUGCGGGAUCUGGAGCAGGAGAAGGGCUGCAAGCUGAGUUUUGCCGCUGAUGCCGUGGAGAUGCUGGGCAAAGGAUUGAGGCGGCAUCAAAACGUGGAUACGAUCUUGGGUCAGGUCAACUCCGCAGAGUGGAAGGACAACGCUUGGACACUCAAGCCCUCUUCGGACAACUCUACCAACUCUCCGUCCUCCCUAACGGCCAAGAGCAUCGUACUAUGCACCGGCUCCUCACCCCUCGAAGUCCCCCUCCCCACCAAAAAGCCCACCCUCAUCAACCUCGACCCCGCCUUGGACCGCAAACAGCUUCGAGAUCAUUUGCCAACGGGCAAACCGACGACUAUCGGUAUCGUGGGCACGUCACAUAGUGCAGUGGUCAUCAUCAUGAACCUCGUUGAUCUUUUGAGAUCAACCCACCCACACAUCAAGAUCAAGUGGUUCGUCCGCUCCGACCUCCUCUACGCUGAAGAGCAACCUGAUGGGCGUAUUGUGCGGGAUAACACGGGGUUGAAGCAGGCCGCGGCCGAUUUUGCAAGGGAACACCUUGAGCCGGGGAAAUUGGAGGCCAGUCCGAUCUUAGGCAAGGUGCUGACACGAGUACACUGCCCAGAUGUGACAGAUCCAAAAAUGGCGCCUGAGCUUGACAAAUGCGACUAUAUCAUCCAAGCGAUCGGGUAUAAACGAGAUCCCCUACCACACCUCACAGUAAACGGGAAGAAAAUGCAGAACGUAGGGUGGGACCCCGAAACCGGACGCCUAUUGAACCAGAACGACCAGGAUAGCAAAAUACCACAGGCCUACGGCGCAGGCAUAGCGUUUCCACGACGGGUAACGGAUCCGUUGGGUACGGAGGAGAGUGCGGUGGGAAUGUGGAAGUUUAUGAAGCACUUGAAGGAGGGGCUUGUGCCGGCUUUGUUGGAUGAGAAGACUGCUUGA